CUAACCUAGACAACGCCCCGCGCACUUUAGCACGCGCUCUCUCUCUCUCUCUUUACUCAAUUCAUAUCUGUUUUUGGUUGUAUGUGUGUGAAUGGGCUGCGUCCGUAAGUCUUUCCCCCACUCUCACCCCCCGUCCCGUCCGCUCUGUAAAAGUAGGGUUAGGGUUUUAAGCGCAACCGCUCAUCAAUAUGCUACUCUCCUUUAGCUGUUUGCCUUAAUUUUAGGGGUUUUUCUUGGUUUGAAUUUCAAUUACUUGCCGUUUUUCCGUGUUUAAAGAUCUAUCAAUGCCUGGGGGGUUUUACGCCAAUUCUUCAGCUGGAAACCUUAGGACACUCGAAGCUGUUUGGUUUUUGUUCCCAAAGAAGUGGGCACUCUCGGUGGGAAUUCAUCGGGGAGCCUCUUGAAGUUGUUGUUUAGGCCGUGCAUGCCUUUCACUUGAUUGAUUGCUUUGGUAUUUCUGUGUUUCUAUGGCUCCAAGGAGAAAAGGUGCCAGUAAAGCUGCUGCGGCGGCUGCCGCUCGGCGGCAGUGGAAGAUAGGGGAUCUCGUUCUUGCUAAGGUCAAAGGAUUUCCGGCCUGGCCUGCUACGGUAAGUGAGCCUGAGAAGUGGGGUUAUCCUCCUGACUGGAAGAAGGUGCUUGUCUACUUUUUUGGAACCCAACAAAUAGCUUUUUGCAACCCUUCUGAUGUAGAGGCUUUCACAGAAGAGAAGAAAGAAUCUCUCCUCGGAAAACGCCAUGGAAAAGGUGCAGAUUUUGUUCGUGCUGUGCGUGAGAUAAUUGAUUGCUAUGAGAAAUUGAAAAAUGAGUCAACUAACAAUGAACUGAACUAUGAAGUACCCACAGCAACACUUGAUUCUUGUCAAAAAGUGAAACAUGCUGCUGCAGAUACAAGUGGUUGGAACUAUUCAACAGAAACUGGUCUGGCUGGAGUGGUAGAAGAAAUUUCAUGUGAUGAACAAGUACCGUCAAAAGAGUCUAGUGGCAUGGUGGAAGUUAUGCCUGCUACAAAGACAUAUUCUUCAAGAAGGAAACUGAACUCUUUGAGACCACGUAACUGUGCCACACAGAAAAGAGGUCCUAGUACUUUGAAGGAUGGCAUUUUGAGGAGGAGUAAAAGGACUAGGAAGUUAUUUGAUGAUUCUGACAAGCAUGAGGUAGCUUCGCCUACUUUUCUUUCAAAUGGUAGCAUUGAAGAGAAUGAUUCUGAAAUUGUAACAGCUGAUUCUGAUACCUCAAGCUUCAAUGAAGGCAGCAGUGUGGAAUCUGGUUGCAAACUUGAGCCUAGGUCCCCUGAGCAUUGUGAAGGCGAGGUAGAAUUUAGCCAAAAGCUUGAUUUCCAUGGUAGUGCUGUAAUACUUAAGAAGAAGAGGAAGCCACAUAGGAAAAGAUUACCUAGUGAUUCAACUGAGGAUACAGCUGCUCCUGUCAAAGAAAUAGAUUCUGAAAUGAACGUGGAUAUAUCUGGGCAAAGCUUGCCGAAUGAUGUUGAAAAGCCAACUGAAAGAGUUGUGAAGGAUAUGAAGGAAGAUGGUGAUGAGCACUUGCCGAUUUUCAAAAGAGCGAGAGUUCGCAUGGGUAUGCCAUCACCCGUGUUGGAGGAACUUGAUACAUCAAUAGAAGAGGAUAAAAGAACAGAAGUCUGUAAUAGCACUGCAGAACAGGGUACUGGGUCAUUGCAUGGGGGGGAUAGUUCUUUUGCUCCAAACUCCUCCCCACUGAAUAAAGACCCAGUUAAAAUGGAGCAAUUAUGCAAUAGAAAAUUUGGUGGUUCGCUUACUGGUGAAUCUGCUUUACCUCCAUCUAAACGCCUUCACCGUGCCUUGCAGGCCAUGUCAGCUAACACUUCUGAAGAUGAUAAAAAAAGUCUUGGGGGGCUAUCAAAAAUAAAUACAUCCCUUGCUGAAUGUUCUUCUGUGGGCUAUUGCUAUGAGACAUCAGAUAGUCAAAAAGUAGAGAAUGAAUCUGGAAUGGGGAAAGCGGAGAUGCUUCUCAGAAAUGUUUCUAUAGAAGAUGCCUCUCAGUUCUCAACAGCAACAGCCACUGCUGUGUCAAUGGACAAUCCUGAAAUCAAGUCACCUAAUACAGGGGAGAUACAAGCCAAAGUGGAAUCACCUAAUGUAGGUGUUGAGGAACAGGUCUUAGUAAACCAUAGUGAUAAUUCAUCAACUCCUCUUGCAGCUUUCAAUGACAAUGACGAAGUUGAUGUUCAUUCAUCAAAACCUUCUGGAGAGCCGGCUUGUGAACUUCAUCAAAUGUGCUCAGAUUUUGUUGGAGGGGAUAAAAUUUCCACAAAUUCACCCAAAAUAGAUGGCAUUGUUCAUGUGCAUACUUUGGAGGUUAAAUGUGAUGAGACUAACAAUUUGUGUCAACAUUCACUGGAUGAGAGUAAACAAGACAAUGAAAUAUCCAAUGCUGAAGAGGGUUUUGGAUUGACAUUGAAGGAUUCAUGUGCUUUAUCUCCACCCGAAAAGAUUAUGAGUUCUUCACAGCAAGAACUGCAUCAGUCUUGUUCAAGUUCUGUAUCUGAUGAUCAUUUGGGUGAAAAGCCUGUCUCAAUUACCUUGUCGUCGUCAUCUCUCACUGAUGGGUUGGAUUCAAACGCCCGGGCAUCACCACCGAAUACUUCAAUAUGCAACAUGUCUAAGUCAGAUGAUUUUGUCCUUGAUAAACCGAAGUUUGCAGACAAAAUGAGCAGCAAAAGAGAAGCUAGUGCUGCUCUAGCUUAUUUUGAAUCCAUUUUGGGAGCAUUGACACGGACCAAGGAAAGCAUUGGUCGAGCAACACGUGUUGCUAUAGACUGUGCUAAAUUUGGUGUUGCUACUAAGGUGGUGGAAAUUCUUUCCUCUAAUUUGGAAUGUGAGUCCAGUUUACAUAGAAGAGUGGAUUUAUUUUUUCUAGUUGAUUCUAUCGUUCAGUGUUCAAGGGGUUUGAAAGGUGAUAUUGGUGCUAUAUAUCCUUUAGCAAUCCAAACAGUAUUGCCGCGUAUGUUAGCAGCUGCUGCUCCACCUGGAAGUUCUUCCCUGGAAAACCAGAGACAGUGCUUGAAAGUUUUGAAGGUCUGGCAGGAGAGGAGGAUUCUUCCAGAAUCAGUUAUUCGCUCUCGUAUUACAGAGCUGGAGUCCUUUUCUUCUAGCGGUGUAUACUCUCGACGGUCUUUAAGAACAGAGAGAUCUUUUGAUGACCCAAUUAGAGAAAUGGAGGGUAUGAUGGUUGAUGAAUAUGGAAGCAAUUCAAGUAUUCAGCUUCCUGGUUUUUGUAUGCCUCCAAUGCUAAAGGAUGAAGAUGCAAUUGACUCUGAUGGAGAGGGUUUUGAGGCUGUUACUCCUGAACAUACUGCUGCAAAAUCUGAAGAACAGGGAAAUGUCAUCCCAAGUACUGAGAAGCAUACACAUAUAUUGGAAGAUGUGGAUGGUGAACUUGAAAUGGAGGAUGUGGCUCCUGUAUGUGAAGCUGAAAUCCCUGCCAUAAGUAAUGGUCCUGGAAUAGACACUGGGCUGGCUUCAGAUAAUCCAUUUGUAAAUCAUUUUGGAGCACACAUUCACCCUCCAUUUCCAGUAGAUUUACCGGUAACACCUCCUCCUUUGCCAGCAUCCUCACCUCCUCCACCUCCCCCUCCACCUCCGUCUAUGCCUCCGCCUCCACCUCCUUCUGUGCCUCCACCUCCUCCACCCCCUCCACCGUCCUCUCUUCCUGCUCCUGUUUCAUCUGGCUCAAUAUCUGUGGAUUCAAAGUUGUCUUCAAGUUCAGAGUGUGUUGGAGUGCAGAUUGUGAAAGACAACGUGGAAGAAUCGAUCCUGCCGCAAUCUAUUAAUGCAAGAGCUGAAUCGAGAAUUCCAGAUGGUAUUCAGCAUCAUGCCCCUGAUAGGAGAGGAAUACAAAAUCAUGUGCCAGUGCAGAAACCUGAUUCUCGUAAUUCACAUGCAUUCAGUAGUGAAUCUGUCCAUCAUCCAUCCGCUUGGGGGUCCAAUGACAUGCCACCUCCUGAGGAUUCUUUCAAGAAGAACUUUCGGUUGCGCCCACCUCACCCUGCUCCAUCAAACCAGUUCUCCUAUGUGCAGUCCGAAGUGCAAGCAACGAGGAAUGUCCCACAUCCUUCUUAUCCAAACAGAUUUCAUAUGCACAAUGCAGAUAACGUUGAUCUCUACAGAGAACGUAAUGAUUUCCCGCAUCGUGAUGUUGGAGAGUACUGGAGGACAUCAGCUCUGCCUUCUGGCCCAUGCUACCAAGACAGCAGCAGAGGCCCUUAUGCAGCUGGUCCAUAUACUUGUCCUCGUCAAAGGUCAUAUCGCGAUCACAGAUGGGCUCACCCUUCUCGACCUAUGAACUAUAGAGAUUUCUUGCCUCACCGAACACCCCCCGAAGGUCCCCUCCCAGUAACAAGUAGAGGAGUAAAGACAGACCCACCCCCACGCAUACGGUUUUGCUCCGCCUCUUAUCGGCCGCGCAGCCGCCGGGAAAACAUGGGCGCUUCCCUAUCCGCCGGCGAUUCCCCUCCACACAAGUCGAUUCACGAAUUCACUGUCAAGGAUUGCAAACGUAAUGAUGUGGACCUCAGCAUUUACAAGGGCAAAGUGCUUCUCGUCGUCAAUGUUGCUUCCAGAUGUGGGCUCACAAACGCUAACUACACGCAGCUGACUGAGUUGUACAGCAAAUAUAAGGAUAAAGGAUUUGAAAUCUUAGGUUUCCCCUGCAAUCAAUUCCUGAAGCAAGAGCCAGGGACAAGUGAGGAAGCACAAGACUUUGCUUGCACUAGGUUCAAAGCUGAAUAUCCCAUCUUCCAAAAAGUGAAAGUUAACGGUCCAGAUGCAGCACCAGUCUACAAGUUCCUUAAAUCAAGUAAAGGUGGCUUUUGUGGUUCCAGCAUCAAGUGGAACUUCACCAAGUUCUUAGUUGACAAAGAAGGGAUCGUUAUUAAGCGUUUUGGCAGCAAUACUCCACCAUCUGCAAUUGAGGAAGAUAUCCGAAAGGCAUUAGGAGAGGAGUGAGAGGCUUUACACAAUCUUUAUGCUGAAAAGAACGGUCAUACUUAUACUAAGAGUGAAGGGUCUAGCAGAUGAGUUAAGUUCUUCUAAAUGUUUAUAUUCUAUGCUUUGUUUUGGCACUUGAAGUGAAUCUGUGAUUAACCUAUCUAUUAUUAUCAUAUUCCACCAUGUAAUAUACUAAUUAUGACCAUGUGUUAUAUGCUAAUGCUUGUUCAAUAUAAAUUAAUUAGAUUUUGAAAUGAA